AUGGCCGAUCAAGACACCAAUAAGCACCAAAGGCCACGCGCCUCCUCUCUAUACAGUCCCCGGGCUGAUCCGGACCGACCCACAAGCUCUGGCAGCGCGUCAACACCCUGGACGAGGCGCAUGGAAGCUUGGCGGAACUCCAGGCCUCCGUCGCGAUCUGGCAUAGCAGACACAGGCAGCGCGCCACACACCCCGCAUAGUGGGAGAAUGUCCCUCGGCGGUUUCUUGUCGCAAUACAGCCCAUUCGGUCGGCACACCGACGUGAGCGGAAGCCCAUCAUCACCAGCGCCUGUGAGGGGCGGCAUGAGUCUGUGGCAAGAAUUGAGGGAGGUGGAUGAGUCUGAGGAUGCUAUGACUCCGAGUGAUACCAGAAGUCCUUCACUAAAGGGCAGCGAUAGUCGAUACGACCCCCCCAGACUGCGCGAUCCUUCUGCAACGCUCUCCUCUGAGGACCGAUCGCCAGCCAUCGAGGCACAAGAGACCGAGUUCGUCAACCCUGCCAGCGACGUCCCCCUGCAGACACAUCGAGGCGACCAACCGCGGGCGCCGACAGAACGCAGCAGACGAACACUACCGGCCUUACAGCGUACACUCAGCGACGUGAACGCCGCCAUGACCCGUGCAAUGACAAGCCGCGCUACCAUGCUGAGGCCCCUGCUUGACCGCCUCCGCGAGGCUAGGCUGUUCACAGACAUGGGGUCUCUGAUGGACGUGACGCUUAGAGCACAGAGCAAUUUCAGGCCUCUGGACAUGGAAAUCGUCGAGCAGUUCGCAGAAAGAUUCAUUGAGGAUUUCCGGCACAGACUCGGUCACCCAGAGGCGGGGCCUGUUCUCCCCGUGGAGACACGAGAUCAAGUUUUGGCCGAGAUGAACGCCUUGGGCAUAAGGAUGAGGAUCCUCAUGACGGAGGUGGUUGCGAGCACCCUCCAAACUGAUGCAGAUACCAUCCGGAGUAUCUGUGUAGAUCUUAAUCGCUGCAUUGGCGUGAAUGCAAGCCGGCCCGGAAGCGCAGGGCGGGCACGGGCACGAUCCGACGUUAGAACACCGGCUUUGACACGCAGGACGUCACAAAUGUCGACACUCUCUGGGCCAGAACGUGUUUCUAGCUCGCUGAGCAGGUCGCUGGAUCGCGAGCGGCUGUCUGCUAUGUCGCACGCUGAACUGGUCGACUUCACCCUGGCGCGAGACCAAGAGCAGAACGAUCUGCUCGACGAGAUGAGAGAUCACCUGGAGACGUAUGAGGAGCGCAUGAUCAAAAUCCAGGAGGAGAACGACACGGCGCACGAGGAUAUGUUGAAUCUGAGAGCUGAGAUCGACUUAGAGAAAGCGAAGGUGCACGAGUUUGGCAAACAUGGCCUGGACAUCAACGGCAACAAAGUGACUACGCCACAGCAGCGGGAUCAAGAGCCUCGCGAUCAUGGUACAGCUCGCCUCGAGCCGAGAAUUCGCUCUCGUUCGCCUCAUAGCCAAGCACGGAGUAGCGGUAGUUUCCUCCCUUUUCCUGAUCGAUCAGCGUCGCCGCAAAUCCUUUCGACGCCUACAAGGGAGAGAAUCAGCUCGCUAGCAGCCCUUUUGGACGAAGACAACGACCAAAGAGAACAAGACUUUGCAGGCCUUCAAAGGAUUAUCGCGUUGCUGAACGAUGAGGAUGAUUUGAUCAUAGGCUUCAUCGACAGAACCGCUCAGCGAGCCGCCCUGUCAACCAGGACUGUUUCCGAAUCGGACGCCACGCAAUCAUCCCCGGAGGUCUCAUUGCAUCGUGCGUCCACCAGCUCCGCCGCCGCCGCCGCUUCGGAUGAUCUGACAAAACAACAGCUUCAGACACGCCUCCGAAUCGUGGAGCAAGAUCGGGAUGCGCUUCAACGCGAGAGAGACACCCUCUUCGAACGAGCGACUUGUAGCCACAGUAUCGAUGACCUCGGACCUAGAGACCAGGAGCGGAUCGCUUUUUUCGCUGAGCGGGCAUUAAGUUUCAUUGAUAGGUAUCUGAACGACUUCAUUCGGUGCAGUCGAAAUCUGUCCCUAUUCUCCAGGGUUGUGAUUGAGGUGGGCAGGAUGGAUAAGGGACAGCAGACUUGUAAGAAUGAGCUCCAAGCUUUGCUCGAGACCAACACGACGAUCUCGAAUCUGAGGCCGACACCGUAUGAACGUGGACCUCAAGGAGAUGGGCGAUUCAACAAGCUGGAGGCAUACCAAAACGCCUGGCUGCCUAAUGUUGAGGAAUUCUUGAAUCACUUUGUCAAACUCUUUGAUGAUGUGCAAAGUCUGACCGCGAAGGCUCGAGCAUGGGAUCUUGCGAAUCCUAGACCUACCCCAAAUGAUCAGCCAAGCGAACCUUCGGUGCACGACAGCGUGCUGAGUGGCCGCAGCCCGAGCCUCUUGUCACGCGCAACAUCUAGUAUCUCUGGCUUGAUCUUUGGUGCCGAGGAUGCUGAUCAGCUAUAUGGAUUUAUUUCUAGAGACGCAGAAGGGUCAGGUACACAACAGCAUCCUCACUGCAACGGCUGCGAGGCAGCCGUGGCAUCCCCUGCGGGCAUCUCCGUUGGCACAUGCGGUAUGGGCAACGCGGACGAACAGCAAAGGGAAUCAGCCAGAUCCCACAGCUCUGGUAGUUCUCGCGUGAGCUUCGCAGAUACUCAGGGCCAGCUACCUAUCACCACGAGCCCUCAAUUUAUUCCCAAGAGUAUUCUCAGAAGGUCUUCUGCGAGGCCUCGGUCGCUAGAUAUAGGCCGUGCUAAUCUGAGCCGACAAGGAUCCAAGUACGCGGCCACAGGCACUCCGUACCCGUUUUCAAUGCCGGAAGGCCAUGCUGCACGCUCCAGCUCUACAUCCUUGCUAGCAACGUUCAGUUCAGCCAGGGACCAACAAUCAACUCGCCGCAUUACGGACCAUGAUACCGCUGGGCAUGGAGCGGGCGGGCCAACAAUUGUUCAGCGGUCUGCUGACCUUGAGCGGCCGUCCUCCAUGUCCCAAUUCCCCGGAGGUCUGAGGUCCGGGGGCCUGUUGGGCCUUAUCAGUCGGAAAGAAUCAUAUAGGGCGUCUCGCGGGUCUGACUCUCCGCCUACUACAACUAUCUCGGAGCAGGGCAACUCAAGGUUGUCAUAUCCAGCCUCUUAUCCUGGGCCGCGUCAAGUACCGGCGGCUGCAGCAUCCCUGGUCGAAGAUUCUCACGUGCACCGGAUCAUGACGCCGACAGGAAGCCUGAGGGUAGAUUACAGGAUAGAAGGAGGACCGCAGGCCAAGACGAACCGGAAGCAGGACCACCACAAAAAUCAGAAUGGCGAGGGAGCCCCGGAGCCUCGGCCUGUAGGAGAGCAGCGCGAGGACGGAGGCGCUGGAGGUGAAGGCACUGAUGAACAGCCUGCUGCGCCACAGAAAGGUCAAGAACGAGCGGCCGAGACUCCAGCCGGACCGCGGACCCCUCUUGGUGAUCAACCUCGCAGACAGUCGGGGUCUAAACAGCCUAGCAAAAGCGAUGGGAGUAGCAGAGGAAGACGCUGGAGUGAAUGGUCGGAUGCUUGGUCGCCGCAAGCUCAUAGCCCUGCACGCGCGCCUCGACCCAAUCCUGAGUGGCAGUUUCUGCGGCUGGUGUCGGUUUUGUCCAGCUGGCUCACCUAUCGGCAGCUUUUCAACCUCUGGGCCAUCGUCUGGUUUCUCACGGUCCUCAUGUGGUCCUACCUGAGGGUGGCUCUGGAGCUGCUGACAGUAGGGGUAGCGAGGCCGCGUCGCGUACGUGUCUUGCCGGCAGAAGAGAUGCUGUCGCUGGUGCUGUGGUGCAUCAUCGUCGGUCAUUUGACUAUGCUGGUCGCGAUCGGCGAGGAGAGGAAGCUGUGGCUGGCCGCCAACCCCACGACCGCAAGCUACCUCAGGGGAUUGAGAUACCGCAGGGCGUACCCCUGGUGGUCGCCGUACGAGGUAGAUUUUGCAUUCCUUUCCCCGGCCAUGAAAUCGUGGAGUGUAUGGCUGCAUCAGCUGUACUUCCACCGUGGUCUGGGGAGCUCAGUCUGUCACAUGCUUCGCCUAUGUGUCCUUUUGGACCGGUCGUACCGAAAGGAGUCAUCACCGUCAAUUGUAAGAUUACCCCACGAUCUGCGGGCCAUCAUCUUGGUGCUGGACGCUACCUCUGGUCCAGCCAAUGAUUGGCCCUCGCGAGGGGAAUGA